UAAAGGUGCUGCAAUUUUGAUUUGUCAUUUGUAUCAAUAACAAGUUGUGGUACCCCAAAAUCAAUAAUCUUCCUUAAGAAUUUCAUUUUCAAAUCGCAGCCCCUAAUGCCCCAUUCUUCCUUCAGAGAGCUUCAAACCCUAAACCUUAAUUCCCCAAUUCACACAGUUUGAAUAACAUGUUCUUCCAAAUCGUGUAAAUUCAUAAUCCAAAUCAACUGCUAUCGCUGCAUUCAGACAAAUAAGCUGCUUCAAAUCCGUAUCCACGGCCACUGUUUCUUCCGCACACCUCCGCCACCGCCGCCGUGAAUCAUUAUCAUUUUUUAUGAAUGGCUGCGUCAUUAUUGAGAAACCGUUCCAUUUCGUCGGUACACAAUUUGUUCACCAAUGCUCUUCGUUGUUUCUCUUCUGCACAGGUUUCAAACACCAUUCCCGAUGAGGCACGUGAGAGGAUGAUGUAUUCAGACAUAAACUCGCAGAUUGGGAGUUGUAUGCCUCUCUCUGCAAUGCGAAUUGGAACAAUCAUUCACAACAUUGAGCUGAAUCCAGGGCAAGGUGGAAAGCUUGUCCGAGCGGCCGGAACCAAUGCGAAAAUCCUGAAAGAGCCCACAUCAGCAUACUGUUUAGUCCAACUUCCAUCUGGUGUUAAGAAGUUGAUUGAUUCUCGAUGCAGGGCCACUGUUGGUACUGUCUCUAAUCCAACUCACGGAGAUCGCAAGCUCAGGAAGGCUGGCCAUAGCAGAUGGCUUGGUCGGAGACCCGUUGUUCGGGGUGUGGCUAUGAAUCCUGUUGAUCAUCCUCACGGAGGAGGAGAGGGUAAGAGCAAGAGUAGUGGUGCGUGGGGGAAAGGAUCCCGCACUCCUUGGGGCAAGCCGACUAAGGGUGGCUUCAAGACUGGACCUCUUAAGCGCAAAAAGUAGGUAAGUAGGUAUUUACUAGUAGCAUACAACAUUCCUGUAAUACAAAUCUUUCUGAUGCUUCCGUAAUAAUUGUGGAAACUUUGGAACAAUUCUACUUCUACCAAUGGAAUUGAUUAGGUUUGGCCAUUUUGUGAAUUAUAUGGAUUCAUAUUUUGUUGUUAUUUCUUCAAGUAAAAUGUUUUUGGAAAUA